UGCCAAUCUGCCAUCAUUGCAGUGCAGCUGCCAAGUAGCACAGCCAUUCACCCGGCCGCCACAUGGCAAAUCCGUACGAGAAUGUCUGUCUCAAAUCCCCCUCGACAACUGUUAAAAAGUUGGCCAAUUCUGCCCUUGGCUCAUCGUUAUGAAUCCAUUUUUUCACCGAGGAUAGAAAUGUCUACAGAAGCAGGAAUCCCAGGUCUCAGAAAUCAGAGCCCCAUUCUUUUACCUUAUUACCCCCCUCCACUUUGUGUGAAUAUCGAUCGUCAAGCCUCGUCAAUCGUCAUUGUUCAUAUCUCUUAACUCAGCAAAUCACAUCAGCUCCUGAAUAUUCCUCUGUUCUCCGUUCUUUCCCCAAGAAGAACCCUUUUUUUUUUUCUACAAUGGCGUCCGUCUCUAAGUUCCUAACUUUCAUGUCCAUUCUGAUGAUGGUGGCUCUAAUCUCACUUGCUCGUUUACAAGAUGGGGAAACAGUAGAAAUCGGAGGAAGCAUAGCCAGGGGAGCCAGAAAGGAUCUGGGAGGCAAGAAGGUGAAGAAGCUGCCUGGUUUGGUAAUGGAGGACUCUGCCCGUGAAGUACCAACGGGACCCGACCCGCUCCACCAUCACGGUUGCCCACCAAGCCCCUGAAAGGACUCGGGUCAGUUUCAGAUUUUCGCCUGAUUGUAGGAGGGUUUGGUUUUUGUCGCCAUUGAAGCUUUUCCAUAGUUCUAUUUUCCAUGGAUUUUACUGACAAACAGAGGGAGUACAAUUUUGUUUGUUAGGUGGAAUUUCUAGGGAUUGUAGCUAGAAAAGAACAAGGAUUUUUGUCUAAAGGAAUGUAGUUAUGUCUCUGAUCUACAGCUAGAAAACAACACAAGGAUUCAAAAAGAGUGUCCUUCGAAAAUCUCCAUGGUUCUUUAGCUUCGAUUGCUUCCCCAUGUUGAUUCUUUGCAGCCGAAUUUUGUUGUGCCUUUGGUUGUUUAUAUCUUUGAUCUUUACGUUCAAAGUGUUGGCUACGUCUCCAAGAAACAAGUAAUGGAAACCAUCUAUGCUUGUCGGGGAAAGCCUUUCAUGGUUGUUGUUUCGAUUCUUGGCGACAAGAGUACACUCAUUGAGUUCCAAAUUUAAGUCUACUAUUCUCUGAGUAUUCGUGACGAGAGACGAGAGUAUACUAAUAUAUGGUAUAUUCAUGAUUAAAAUUAUACAGUUUUUUAUAUGAAGAUUUAAGGUUCAAUCUCGUUAUUGUCAUUAUAGAGAUAUCAUCUAUGAAUAUAUAGUAUACUAAUAUAUGAUAUACGUUGUAUUUAAAUUCAUGGUUAAAAAUAUACAGUUUUGUAUAUGAAGAUUUAUGGUUUUAUCUCAUUAUCGUCAUUGUAGAGAUAUCAUCUAUGAAAGGUACCAAUAAGAAUAUAUAUCUUACCUCGUGAUUAAAUCUAACUGUUAUUCGUUAAAAUUUUAUCUUGAGGUUGACGGUUUUUCUCAUCAUAAAAUUUUAUCUUGAGGUUGCUCACUUCUUUCAUGCAUCACAAUUGUUCGAUCACAAAUAUGAUCUAAUAAGAUGUAGAUAUGUAAAAUAUUUACGAAAAUCCUAUCAUUCGUAACUUGACUAGCACAGAAUGUGCAUCUUGUCUUGUAGAGGGAAAUGUCAAAUGUCUAAAUGAUAUAUAAAAACCAUGGUUGAAGAAGGUGCUAGGCAAGCGUUGGGGUCUUUCUUAUCGCCUAGCAUGUCUAAGUGAUGCCUAAACGUGUUAAGUGAACGUAGGAAUUUUUAGUAAAAAUAACACUUUUUUUAUUACUUUAAUCCAAUUUCAAAUGAUUAAUAAUCGUAGCUAGCAAUCAACAACAAGCAAAAUAUGGCUUCAUUUCCUACAAUCACAAGUUUAUUAAAGACGUGGAUUGUGGCUACUCCAUAGUCAACUAUGGUGAAUCACAGGGCAGAGGUAGGUCUACCAAGAGUUAGAUAAUAACUAAAGAAGUCGUGUGUUGUGGUUGAUCUGCAGUCGAAAAGCAGGGCAAAGGUCGGUUCGAAUGGAGCUGGAGAAGAACUAUAAAAUUUGUAAAUUGUGGCUGCUCUACAAUUGCAACGCCGAAAAGUGGGACAGAAGGAAAAGGGAUUGAUCGAAAGGGAGAAACCAUUGCAAUUCUGAAGUUUCGAGUCUUUGUCUCAUUGGCCAAGACCUGUAAUUCCAAAUCGAGGAAGGAGGAGUGAAGGUGUUGGAUAUAGACCAACUGGAGAUGACAUCUUGAGAAGAUUUGCUAUUUUUGUCUACCGAAUACCAACACACUUAAGUACACCUCAUUUCAAUUAAUCACGUCUCACGCU